UAGUGCAACCGGGCUAGAGGCAGGAAGUCAGAGUGAGGGAGAGACAGGAGUGGAGCAACAGGGAGUUCAGACUAGGGACACACAGCUGAGAGACUCUGAAGUCAGUGGACAGAGAACAGAGCCAAAUCAGCCACAUCCAAAAUUCAUAGACCCUCAAGCUCUAGCCAACAGAACUUUACAUUUCCAAGGAAAGUGGUACAAGGAAUUUCCCUGGCUACAUUAUGAUGCAGUGAAAAAGGGCAUUUUGUGUUUUUAUUGCAUGGCAAUUUACCAGGACAAACUCACACCAUUUGGUGCAAAAUCCGAACCCGCCUUUAUCACUUCUGGAUUUAAAAAUUGGAAAAAAGCAUUAGAAAAAUUUAAAGCACAUGAAAAUAGUCACACACAUCAUCAUGCUGUUUCUGUGACUGCACAAGAAAGUCAUCCUAUAAAUGCCCAAUUAUCCAGUGCUUUGGCAACUCAGCAAGGUGACAAUAGGCACUGUCUGGAGAAAAUUGUGAGCUCCAUAAAAUAUUUGGCACGGCAGGGACAAGCUUUGAGAGGGCAUGACGAUGAUGACAGCAAUUUGUAUCAACUGUUGAAAAAUCUGGCAGAAGAUGAUGCCCUUUUGGCUAAGUGGUUGCUGAGGUCUCAGAAAGAAUACCUAAGUCCACAGAUACAGAAUGAAAUCUUGUGUUCUAUGAGCAAUAGUAUUGUCAGUGAAAUAGCAGAUACAAUCAGAAACCUACCAAUUUUUGAGUUUGCAAUUAUUAUGGAUGGAACACAGGACAUUUCUGGGAAAGAACAAGAAAGCAUUUGUCUGCGAUACAUUGACAGUGACAUGAAGCCCCAUGAAGAGUUUAUUGGCUUGUACUCAGUUUCUGAAACAACAGGAAAAAGCCUUGCUGCUGUUGUUAAAGAUGUGCUGCUCAGAUUAAACUUACCAAUGCAUGGUUUACGAGGUCAAACUUAUGAUGGAGCAGCCAAUAUGUCUGGGAAGCAUGCAGGUGUACAGGCACUGAUAAAGCAAGAGCAGCCACUAGCACUUUUUGUUCAUUGUGGAGCACACUGCACUAAUUUAAUUGCACAGAAAGCUUGCUUAGCCUCAGUUCUGAUCAGAGACGCAUUGGAUUGGGUAAACCAGCUUGGAGUUCUUUUCUCUCAGUCAGGGAAGUUUAAGGCAAUCCAUGCAGCAACAGCACAUACAGAGAAUCCAUCGUGCACUGCAAUAAAACCCCUCUGCCCCACAAGAUGGGCAGUACGGAGCAAAGCAAUCAGAGAUGUUUUGUCACAGUAUGGGUCAGUGCUGGCUAGCUUGCAGGAGAUGGCUUCUGGUGCCUCAAACACAGCAUCCACUGCUAAUGGACUGCUGGGGCAGUUUAGGAAAGAAGAGAACUCAAACCAUUGCUGGAAUGAGGACUGCUGUGAAAGUUGUUCAGACUUCACUUAA